AUGGAGAAAGCAGCUGGCCCUUCUGGGCCCUCUGCAACUGGCCUAGACUCCAAAGUAGAGGCAGAGACAUCAAUCAUUCGCGAUGUUGACCUCGGCGAGAUGCUGGAGAUCCAUUACACGCCCGAGCAGGAACGCAGGCUCGUCCGUAAGCUGGACCUUGCGCUGAUCCCAAUCAUGGGCCUCGUCUACUGCAUGCAGUAUAUGGACAAGGUGGCCCUCAGCCAAGCGACGCUGCUUAACCUCCGCGAAGACCUCAACCUGCACGGCCAGGAGUAUUCCUGGGCCUCGACCAUCUUCUACUUUGGCUACUUUGCAUGGAGCUGGCCGAGCUCCUACCUGAUGGUCCGCUUGCCUCUAGGGAAGUACAUUGGCGCAUCGGUACAAGCCGCCUGGUUCCUUGGCAACGCCGUCUCAAACCUCAUCAGCGGCCUGAUUGCCUAUGGCAUCGGCAACGUCUACAUCACAACAAUCACAAAUUGGCAGCUUCUCUUCCUUGUCCUGGGAACCAUCACCGCUGCCCUCGCCUUUCCAAUCUACUUCAUCAUCCCUUCCAAGCCGCAAAAAGCCAUCUUCCUCAACAAAACUGAGCGCGCCAUUGCCCUGCAGCGCACCCUCAAGAAUAAGACAGGCGUCAACGAUACUGGACGCUGGCGAUGGGAUCACGCGGCAAUGACAUUCCGUGAUCCCCAGACCUGGCUCUUCUUCCUGUAUUCUGUCUCGACAAAUCUCUGCAAUGGCGGUCUGACAAGUUUCUCCGGCUUAAUUAUCAACGGAUUCGGCUACGGCCGGGUCCGCUCCCUGCUCAUGCAGAUGCCCACCGGCGCCUCGCAGAUCGUCUUCAUCACCAUCGGCACCGCGAUCGCAACCUACUUCCGCAACACUCGCUGCUUGAUGAUGAUCUUCAACAGCUCGGUCGCAGUAGUCGGCAUGACGCUAGUGUGGAAGCUCGACGAGUCGCACGCGGAGGCCCGCGUCGCCGGUCUAGCGCUGGCCUCGGCCUUUGCAGCGAACAUGCCGCUCCAGAUGAGUCUGAUCAGCUCGAAUGUGGCCACCUUCACGAAGAGGAGCCUUACCAGCGCUAUGUUAUUCAUCGGCUACUGCAUCGGGAAUAUCGUUGGACCGCAGUUCUUCUUGGAGAGCGAGGAGCCGGCUUAUCCGACCGGCAUGACCACAGCCGUCUCGGGUCUCUCCUUUGGCGUAUUCUUCCUAAUUCUGCUUUUGGCGUACUACGCGUGGGAGAACAAGCGGAGGGAUAGGGUAUACGGUCCGGCCGGGCAGUUUACGGAGAGCGAGGAGUUGGAGCAAGGGUUGUCCAAUAGGACGGAUCUGGAGCUUCCUAGUUUUCGAUUUUACUAUGCCAACGAUCAUGAUAAAUGUCGGGUAUAUGUCUCGGCCCGGGCUUAUGCCCAGGAUGCCCGUGGCCAGGUGGAUGUCCGUGUACAUGUCCAUGUCCAGGUCCAUGCCCGAAUCCCGGCCCCGGUGGUCCAGGAUGCGGCCCUAAUCCAGGUUCCCGCUCAUGGGGCCCGGGAGGCCCAGGAGGGCCGGGCUCAAAUCUAG